AUUAGUUUCAGAGAAAGCGGAACUCGUAAAUACGGUCAAAAUGUGACUUUUACAAAUUAGAUAUUUUGUAACUCGUUCGUGUAUCGUGCAUUCACCACAACGUCUUAUUUUCGGUUUUAACACGCACGCACAUACGAGUAAUUACCAUUCAAUUCCAUUCAACUUAUUUUUGUUUUUUUUUCCGAAUCCAACUAUGUCUCUAGAAGAAACUAUUAUAUUCAAACCCGAAGUGGCGAACUUAAUAUUUUCUAACUUGUCUGGACAUGAGAAUUCUUUAAAUCAUUCCUCUUGGAUGACAGACGAGCUGUGGCCAUACCCAGCGGUCAUUAUUACCUCAGUCUACGGACUCAUCAUUUUAAUUGGACUAAUCGGCAAUAUCACUCUCAUCAAGAUAUUUUGUACCGUGAAGUCCAUGAGGAAUGUCCCGAAUCUGUUCAUUUCAAGCUUGGCUUUGGGAGACCUGCUUCUAUUAGUCACUUGCGCACCGGUGGAUGCUAGCAGGUACCUGGCGGACGACUGGCUUUUUGGACGGUUAGGGUGCAAACUCAUCCCUUUCAUCCAGCUCACCUCCGUAGGGGUGUCGGUGUUCACCCUCACGGCGCUCUCUGCAGACAGGUACAAAGCUAUUGUCAGACCAAUGGACAUCCAGACAUCCCAUGCCACAGCAAAAAUAUGUAUCAGAGCUGUGAUGAUAUGGAUUUUCUCCAUGACUCUUGCUGUACCAGAGGCAAUAUUUUCUGAUCUUCAUACAUUCCAUGUGAUGGACACUAAUAAAUCAUUUGUCAGCUGUGCACCGUACCCUCACUCAGGCGACUUGCACCCAAAGAUUCAUUCAAUGGUGUCAUUUCUUGUUUUUUAUGUAAUUCCUCUCUUCAUAAUAUCAAUUUAUUACUAUUAUAUUGCAAAGAAUCUGAUCAGGAGUGCAUAUAAUAUACCCGUGGAGGGCAACAUUCAUGUUCGAAGGCAGAUUGAAUCCAGAAAGAGGCUGGCAAAAACAGUGCUGGUAUUUGUAGGGUUGUUUGCAUUUUGCUGGCUGCCAAAUCAUGUCAUCUACUUAUAUCGCUCUUAUCACUAUUCGGAGGUGGACACAUCUUUAUUGCAUUACAUUUCCAGCAUCUGUGCCAGGAUCCUUGCUUUUUCCAAUUCAUGUGUUAACCCAUUUGCCCUUUAUCUUCUAAGCAAAAGCUUUCAAAAACACUUUAAUAACCAGCUAUGCUGCUGCAGAGCCAGACUGCUUAUGAGGACCCAAAGCACGGGAAGAAGUACAACAAGAAUUACCUCUCUAAAAAGUACCAACCACUCUGUUGCAGAGCACAAGACAUUUGCUGGAAGAAAUUCUAUUAAAGCAUACUGUAUGACUGAUUUAACUUAAACCUGAAAAGAACACAAAAUGCUUGUAUUACUCAACGGGCAGAGCUUAUUUUGUUAAUAAAUUUGUACAUUUAAAUAUACAUAUACAAGAAUGUCUGUUUGGUUAUUACAGAAGACAUACACUAAUACAAGAUAUGUGGGUACAGUUGUGUUGUUACAAAUUUUAAUCUGUACAAUACUAUAUGCCUUGACCUUAUGUUUAAUAAGGCAUUAAAGAGUAUUAUCAAUAUAAUAAAAGAUUCUUUUAAACUGCUAUAGCCUCUUGCAAAGCAAUAACGUCAUUCUGUCAAUGGAACACAGUACUGUAUAUUUGGAUUUCUAUUGCUUGUCUUGUAAAACAAAGCAUUUACGUAAUUAAUCAGAAAUUCAAAAAUCCAAAACAGAUAAACACAUGGGAGCUGUUAAAAAGGCAGAAAGACAUUUUUUACAAUUUCACCAGAAACAUGAACAAAUAAUACACAAGUGCCAAGUUUCUGGAAACACAUUGAUUUAAAUGUUUAUUUUCUGGACAAAUGGCUGUGCUUGAAUCCAUUAAAAUCGGCUGUUGUACUGUGAUAUAUUUCCUGUGAUGAAGUUCAUCUGUGAAAUGAUGUGUAUGUUUAGUGCCAGAGGUAUUAAGUAUAUUUUCUUAUUUUGAAUAUGACAAUUGCACAAUUUUUUUUUCCGUGUAUCAUUUUCAGUAAUAUUUAUUUAAUAAAUGUGAAUUUCUGUUCAGAUGUGGUUUAGAACAGUGAGUUUUACGUUGACUGUAAUCUGCUCUU